AUGGAAAAGGAAGAAGAGGAUCAGGAAGAAAAAGAAAUAAGAGAAAUGUUAUCUAAUAAAACAGUAGUGUCAGAGCAAAAAGGCAAGAAAACGGAAUUACCUGUGGCUGUCAAUAAGAAAAAGCGUAUUCUUACACCAUGGACUAGUGAACAGAAGGAAGCAGUAACGUUCUUCUUUAAUAAGAAUAUAAAGAUGAAAAAAGCUCCAAAAAGAAAGGACUGUGAAGAAAUUAAAAGUUUAUACCCCGAGUUGCUAGCCAAUAAAGACUGGCUAAAGAUUAAAUUUGAAUGGCAAGCUCAACGAUUGGGGCAUCCGAUUCUGCAGUUGAAUAACUACGGAAACUUCAAGCUCAUCAUGACUAAUGUAAGAGUUUUGUUUUAA